AGACAUGGCCGGCGAGGGAGACCCGGAGGACGCUGCGCACAACAUGGGCAAUCACCUGCCGCUCCUUCCCGCAGAGGAAGAGGAAGAAGAUGAAAUUGAAAUGGAAGUUGAAGACCAGGACAUCAAAGAACCCAAGAAACCAAACAUCAUAAAUUUUGACACUAGUUUGCCGACAUCACAUACAUACCUGGGCUCCGACAUGGAGGAGUUCCACGGCAGGACUCUGCACGACGACGACAGCUGCCCAGUGAUCCCGGUGCUGCCGCAGGUGGUGAUGACCCUGAUCCCCGGGCAGACCUUGCCUCUCCAGCUCUUCAGUCCUCAAGAAGUCAGUAUGGUGCGGAAUUUAAUUCAGAAGGACAGAACCUUUGCAGUGCUUGCGUACAGUAAUGUACAGGAAAGGGAAGCACAAUUUGGAACAACAGCAGAGAUAUAUGCCUACCGAGAAGAACAAGAUUUUGGAAUCGAGGUUGUGAAAGUGAAAGCAAUUGGAAGACAGAGAUUCAAAGUCCUUGAGAUCAGGACACAGUCAGACGGAAUCCAGCAGGCUAAAGUGCAGAUUCUUCCUGAGUGUGUGUUGCCUUCGACCAUGUCUGCAGUUCAACUAGAGUCCCUCAAUAAGUGCCAGAUAUUUCCUUCAAAACCUGUCUCAUGGGAAGACCAGUGUUCAUAUAAAUGGUGGCAGAAAUACCAGAAGAGAAAGUUUCAUUGUGCAAAUUUGACUUCAUGGCCUCGCUGGCUGUAUUCCUUAUAUGAUGCUGAAACCUUAAUGGAUAGAAUCAAGAAACAGCUACGCGAAUGGGAUGAAAAUCUCAAAGAAGAUUCUCUUCCUUCAAAUCCAAUAGAUUUUUCUUACAGAGUAGCUGCUUGUCUUCCUAUUGAUGAUGUAUUACGAAUUCAGCUCCUUAAAAUCGGUAGUGCGAUCCAGCGACUUCGCUGUGAACUAGACAUUAUGAAUAAAUGUACAUCACUUUGCUGUAAACAAUGUCAAGAAACAGAAAUAACCACCAAAAAUGAAAUAUUCAGUUUAUCUUUAUGUGGGCCAAUGGCAGCUUAUGUGAACCCUCACGGGUACGUGCAUGAGACGCUUACCGUGUAUAAGGCUUGCAACUUGAACCUGAUUGGCCGGCCUUCUACAGACCACAGCUGGUUUCCUGGGUAUGCCUGGACUAUUGCUCAGUGCAGGAUCUGUGCCAGCCAUAUUGGAUGGAAAUUCACAGCCACCAAAAAAGACAUGUCACCUCAAAAAUUCUGGGGUUUGACUCGGUCUGCUCUGUUGCCCACCAUCCCAGAUAUGGAAGAUGACAUAAGCCCUGACAAAGUAAUACUCUGCUUAUAAACAAAUACAGUAGGGAUAAGGUUACUUAACACAUUGGUAUUCUAACACAAGACCUGCUUUGGAAAUUACUGCUUUUGAUGCAUACCUAAGUAAAAGCAACAUUAUAUGGAAGGUUGCAGUUUCUUAGUCGAACAACAGGAUUUCAAGAUUUAAACUAAGAUGUUCUAUUGAAGAGGAUGAGAAGCAGUCUAGAAUACUUGGUUUGCAGGAAUACCUACUUUAGGAGCUUGGUGCUGUUAUCCUGUGGACUCUUGCUAUGCCUGGUAGUGUUAUCACUGAGGGGACAUGAAGACAUCUGUGAAACUGGUGAGCAUGUUUUCUGCACAAAACAAAUCUGAAAUUCCUAUCAAUCAGUCGCUGUAAUUAACGCAGUCCAUCAUUUAUUUGAUCCUGAUACACAGAACAGAAUGGCGUGUUUGCAUCAGUGCUCCAAAGGGCAGACGUUCCAGAAGGUAGGGUGCCAAGCUCUAGUACUGUUCCUUUUUGAAAGAGGCAAGGAAAUGUGUACAUGGUAAAAGGGCUUUGGUUCCUUUUCCUUAGUUUCUGAGAUACUGAUUUGUAAAUUUUGAAAAUAAAGAGUUAUAAUAUGCAGUUUGAGCCCCAAAAUAAAAGUCUUUCUUCUUAACAUGUUUGUUAGUGAAUAGCAAUAUCUCGUGUAUUUGCUCAGUGUUUGGUUAUUUUGUUUCAAAGUUGAAUCUGAACUUAGACUACUGUGGAGCACAGAUGCUAAAACACGUUCUCCUUCCUACAGGCUAGAGGCAAUGAUGUAUUUCAUAGGCUGUUUUGGUCAAUGUAAAGUGAGAAACUCUGUAAGUAAACUAUAAAAGCAAAGCUAAA